CUUCUACCCACACUUUGUCAACCAUCACCAUCAGCAAUGUCGGCCCAAUGAGCGAUCCGCCUGUUCCACCUAUCACACCUCGGCAUAAUGCUGCGCCGAGCCAUGGUACAGAGGAAGGCAGCGCCCGCCCUUCGCAAUUCGCCCAUCUCAGUGUCACACGCUUCUCAGACUUAAUCAGAAACAUCGACUCUGCCUCCGCAGGUCCCGCUGGGAACAAGCGCAGACGCACUGAGGCUCCUUCUGUGGGUUCCACAAGUCUCAACAGACCUGUAGGCAAGCCAUUGGGGAUCGCCGACUGGGCCAAGGCCAAGGCAGACCUUCGACUGGAGCGAAGGGGCGUGGUAGAGCCGCUGCGCAGAAGUGCAGGCGCGAAGGGUAAAGCUGCUUCUGCCUCACAGUCUGCCGCGUCGACGUCCUCAUCUUACGCUCCCUUCUCGAAAGCUCGCCUACUGGAACGAAUCGCAACAUACAGCCUCUCUACCUACAACGUACGCGUCUCUAUCGCUUCCAAAACAUCCGCUGCGAUCACGAGCGAGCAGGGUCAGCAGGCAAUCGCCUCCCUGGGUAGAUGGCUCGAGCCCAUCGGCCCCGCCCUCAACGGCUGGGUCCAUCUUCCUCCUCGCUCCACCGCUCAGAAUUCAGAGACUGGUGCCAAGAACAAGCUGCACUGCCCAACCUGUGGCUCGAGCAACACAAUUGCAGACCAGAUCACAGAUCUCGAGCCUCUCUUCAAGCAGGUACAAAGUCUGCAGUCCGGGCAUCAAGCCUGGUGUCCAUGGACAAGACGAUCUUGCCAUCCGUCUCUGUACUCUCUGCAAAGCGUGGAGGAAGAUUUCGUUGGUCGGCUCAGUCGGACCAAGGCCAGGAGGGUGUUCCGAGAAUUGGCAACAAGUAUCGAUGUGGCCGCAGAUGUGUCUGUGGUGAGGCCCGCAGGACUCAGCGAGGAGGACCUAAUGGCUCUUCAAGCCGCCCUCACUGUUCCUGGACUCGCGAGCAGAAGUAGCGUGGCUGCAGGCAGCAGCGGUGAGGUUGAGGUUUCUCCGCCUCCCAGCGCCCCAGCAAUCCAGCUCGCACUCUGUGGCUGGCUUCCCGUCAGCCACACAUCUUCAACAACAGCUUCCUCUUCUUCAAGCAUCACGAAGAGACCACGCUCCUCUAUCAGCUCAUCCAGCGUGCUACAGUGCAGAUCUUGCAGUCGCAAGCUCACCACGGGAUCCUCCAAUCGAGCGGCACCCGUGGAUCCAGUGCGGGAGCAUCGUCGCUUCUGUCCCUGGGUGCAGGCGGACGUGCAGGCCGACACAUACCUGCCGUCGUUCAAGAGUGUACUGGAGGUCGCUCGCCCCAGUGUUGAUGAGGUAGAUGAGACAGAUCUGCAGAAUGACGGAGCAGCCAUGUUGAAAGCCUUUCAAGACGCGCAACAGCAGCCGCUCCGUUCUGCGAGCAUCAAGCCUUCCCACCCAGGCUGGCAGAUCAAUCUACGUGCUCUCCUCCCCUCGCCUGGCCCGGCCUCGCUGGAAAGCUCUACUGCCGCUGAGCUCCCUGCAGGAGGCUCUGCAACUUUGUACUCUAUCGAAUCUGUUAUAGGAACAGAUGAAGGACCCGAUGGACCAGACUCGAGCUUUGACGUCUCGGCUCGGAGUGCCCGCAGCGGUGGGACGGUGAAGAGGAAGAGAACAUCGGAGAUUCUCAGGGAGGCCAGGAGCUUGCUGUUCGGUACGGGUGGUGGGAGCGCAACUACCAGCAGGACCGCAUGAGUCGGCAGACGAUGAUGAUAGUAAGAUGCCUAGGAGGUCAGAAGAAGCCUUGUGAAAGCCAAUACGGUUGUCGGAUGCAAAGAGUUGAAUUGCUAUAUACCCCACUUUACCACUACACUACAUGAGA